UUCCGUUUGGUUCCGAAACGGUAAACGGUUAAUCUGUUGGACGCGUGUGGUUAGUCGACAUCACAAUUGUUAGCAUCAACACGCCCAAUAAAGCUGCAAUGGACAGUAGAGUUUCAAGAGGAUGUCUGUGAAUGCUCCCACUUCUACUCUCGGGAUUUCUGCUCAUAUUGUGGCUACUUUGGAGGAUUAAGGACAAGAUGAUGCUGGACCAAGGUGGGGAAACUCAGACUGGUUGUGGAAGCCCUGCAGCUGCAGCACAAGAGGAGAUGCAAGCGGCCGAUGGGCUCACCGCAGCUGUACACACCCCUGCUCCUGUUGAACACUCCACACCAAUGGUUCUUGCAUCAUCUACCUCUGACAGCGGGGCCAACGGUCCCCAAACCCACAUUGACCCCUCUGAGGGACCCAUGAUACCCAGGGCAGGGGGUUCCCAGCCUCCUCAGGCCUCUUCAGAGGGGAUGACAGAGCAGUACACACAGACCCAACAGUCUCCCUUCGUCGUUCCUCAGCCUCCCAGUAGAACGACCAGGCCCAAGCUCAGCUCAGGCCCUGAGGUUCGACGAGCCUGUCUCAAGUUCAUCCUGGGGGCAUCGGAGGACAAUUCAUCUGAUGACGAGCUGCCUUUGACCAUGAAACCCCCUACAGGUUCGAGUUCCUCUGAGGCCACCGCCUCCACCGUACGGCAAACUGCAUCAGCAACCUCAACUGCCUUCUCCCCCCCACAGCAAGUUCAAUCAGUAACGUUAACCACCACCUCCCCUGGCAUGAGGCCUAGCAUGUCUCACCCACACCUGGUGAAAAAGGUUCGCGAGAUCCGGAAAAUGGAGCUGCAGAGAGACUUCACAGUGGCCUCGCCAGCCGAGUUUGUCACCCGCUUCGGUGGCAACCGGGUCAUAAAUAAGGUGCUGAUAGCUAAUAAUGGCAUAGCAGCGGUCAAAUGUAUGCGUUCCAUCCGCCGUUGGUCCUACGAGAUGUUCCGUAACGAGAGGACCAUCCGUUUUGUGGUGAUGGUCACCCCUGAGGACCUGAAAGCCAACGCAGAGUAUAUCAAAAUGGCGGACCACUAUGUACCCGUUCCAGGCGGAGCCAACAACAACAACUAUGCCAAUGUAGAGCUGAUCGUAGACAUCGCCAAGAGGAUUCCUGUACAGGGGGUCUGGGCCGGGUGGGGUCACGCCUCUGAGAACCCCAAACUACCUGAGCUCUUGGACAAGAACGGAAUCUCUUUCUUAGGGCCGCCCAGUAAGGCCAUGUGGGCUCUGGGAGAUAAGGUGGCCUCCUCCAUCGUGGCCCAGAGCGCAGACAUCCCCACCCUGCCCUGGAGUGGAUCAGGUCUGAGAGUAGACUGGACAGAGGACGACCAGAGGCUGGGCCACGUGAUUAGCGUGCCUCCGGAGGUCUACGUGCACGGCUGCGUGCGCGACGUUGACGAUGGACUGGCGGGAGCAGACAGAAUUGGCUACCCGGUGGUGAUAAAAGCGUCAGAAGGAGGAGGGGGCAAGGGCAUCCGGAAGGUGGACAACGCUGAGGACUUUGCCAGCUUCUUUAGACAGGUGCAGGCGGAGGUGCCCGGCUCGCCCAUCUUCGUCAUGCAGCUGGCCCAGCAUGCCCGUCACCUGGAGGUCCAGAUCCUCGCCGACCAGUACGGCAACGCCAUCUCCCUGUUUGGCAGAGACUGCUCCAUCCAGCGGAGACAUCAGAAGAUCAUUGAGGAGGCCCCGGCCACCAUAGCAUCUGCCACCACCUUCGAGCACAUGGAGCAGUAUGCAGUGCGGCUGGCUAAGAUGGUGGGCUACGUGAGUGCAGGCACUGUGGAGUACCUCUUCUCUGAGGACGGGAGCUUCCACUUCCUGGAGCUCAACCCCCGUCUGCAGGUGGAACACCCAUGCACAGAGAUGAUCGGAGACGUCAACCUGCCCGCCGCCCAGCUCCAGAUAGCCAUGGGGAUCCCCCUCCACAGGAUUAAGGAUAUCCGCGUGCUGUAUGGAGAGACUCCUUGGGGGGACACCACCAUCAACUUUGAGGCCCCCGACUGUGUCCCCAGCCCCCGAGGACACGUCAUCGCGGCCCGCAUCACCAGCGAGAACCCAGACGAGGGCUUCAAGCCCAGCUCGGGCACGGUGCAGGAGCUCAAUUUCCGCAGCAGUAAAAACGUGUGGGGCUACUUCAGCGUGGGGGCUGCUGGGGGCCUGCAUGAGUUUGCUGACUCCCAGUUCGGCCACUGUUUCUCCUGGGGGGAGAACCGAGAGGAGGCCAUUUCGAACAUGGUGGUGGCCAUGAAGGAGCUGUGUAUCCGGGGGGACUUCAGGACCACGGUGGAGUACCUCAUCAAGCUGCUGGAGACUGAGAGCUUCAGGAACAACGACAUCGACACCGGCUGGCUGGAUAAUCUCAUCGCUGAUAAAGUUCAGGCAGAGAGGCCAGACACCACGCUGGGCGUUGUCUGUGGGUCGUUACACGUGGCGGACGCCAGCUUCAGGAAGAGCAUGUCUGACUUCCUGCACUCACUGGAAAGAGGCCAGGUGCUGCCCGCAGCCAGUCUGCUGAAUACGGUUGAUGUGGACCUGAUCUACGAGGGGGUCAAAUACUGCCUCAAGGUAGCUCGCCAGUCCCCCACUACGUACGUCAUCAUCAUGAACGGCUCGGACAUCGAGAUCGACGUCCACCGGCUGAGCGACGGCGGGCUCCUGCUCUCCUACAACGGCAGCAGCUACACCACCUACAUGAAGGAGGAAGUGGACAGCUACCGCAUCACUGUUGGCAACAAGACGUGUGUGUUUGAGAAGGAGAGGGACCCCACGGUGCUGAGGUCGUCCUCUGCCGGUAAACUCCUGCAGUACCUGGUGGAGGAUGGAGGCCAUAUCUGCGCCGGGAACUCGUAUGCGGAGAUCGAGGUGAUGAAGAUGGUGAUGACGCUGACGGUGGUGGAGUCGGGCUGUGUCCACUAUGUGAAGAGGCACGGGGCGGUGCUGGAGCCUGGCUGUGUGGUGGCAAGAUUGGACCUGGAUGAUCCCAGCAACAUCCAACCAGUGGAGCUGAACACGGCCUCCUUCCCGGCCCAGCAGCCGCUGCCCAUCGUGGGGGAGAAGCUCCACCAGGUCUUCCACAUGGUCCUGGAGAACCUGGUCAAGGUCAUGGCCGGCUACUGCCUCACCGAGCCCUACUUCAGCAACAAGGUAAAGCAGUGGGUGGACACCCUGAUGAAGACCCUGCGGGACCCCUCGCUGCCCCUGCUGGAGCUCCAGGAGUUAAUGACCAGCGUGGCCAGCCGCAUCCCGCCCAGUGUCGAGAAGGCCAUCCGCAAGGUCAUGGCUCAGUACGCCAGCAACAUCACCUCGGUGCUCUGCCAGUUCCCCAGCCAGAGGAUUGCCUGUAUCUUGGACAGCCACGCAGCCACCCUUCAGAAGAAGGCCGACCGGGAAGUGUUCUUCAUGAACACUCAGAGUAUCGUCCAGCUGGUGCAGAGGUACCGCAGUGGAAUCCGAGGAUACAUGAAGUCUGUGGUGCUGGAUCUGCUCAAGUGUUACCUUCAGGUGGAGAUGCAGUUCCAGCAAGCUCACUACGACAAGUGUGUGAUCAACCUGAGGGAGCAGUACAAGCCUGACAUGACCCCUGUGCUGGAGAGCAUCUUCUCUCACGCUCAGGUCUCCAAGAAGAACGUCCUGGUCACCAUACUCAUCGAUCAGCUGUGUGGGCGGGACCCCACCCUAGCAGACGAGCUGAUGGUCAUCCUGAACGAGCUCACACAGCUCAACAAGAUGGAGAACUCAAAGGUGGCACUGCGUGCCAGACAGGUUUUGAUCGCUUCCCAUCUGCCCUCUUAUGAACUGAGGCACAACCAGGUGGAGUCCAUCUUUCUGUCUGCCAUCGACAUGUAUGGACACCAGUUCUGCCCAGAGAACCUGAAGAAACUCAUCCUGUCUGAGACCUCCAUCUUUGACGUCUUGCCCAAUUUCUUCUACCACUCUAACCGGGUGGUGUGCAUGGCUGCCUUGGAGGUGUACGUGCGAAGGGGCUACAUUGCUUACGAGCUGAACAGCCUCCAGCAUCACCAGUUGCAGGACGGGACGUGUGCCGUAGACUUCCAGUUCAUGUUGCCGUCGUCCCACCCCAACAGAGGGAGCAGCCCUACUCUGAACAGGUUGACGAUGCCGGUGAACAGUGUGGGACAGUUUGAGAUGAGGCGGCAGGGUAGCGAACUCUUCCUAGAUGGGGCGUUCUCUCCCCCAUGUCAGCGCAUGGGAGCCAUGGUGGCCUUCCAGUGUUUCGAAGACUUCAAAAGGAACUUUGACGAGGUUAUCUCCAGUUUUGCUGACCCGCUCCUGGAGAGCCCGCUUUUCCCCGAGGCCUGCUCCAGCCUCUACGAGGAGGAUACCUGCAAGCAGAACAUGAAGGAGAACCCCAUCCACAUCAUCAAUGUGUCCAUCAAGUCGGCGGACACAGAGGAUGACGAUACCUUGGUCACGGCCUUCGCUGCCUUUGCCCAGUCUAAGAAGGUUUUACUCUUUGAGCACGGCAUCCGAAGGAUCACGUUUUUAGUCGCACAGAGGAGGGAAUUUCCCAAGUUCUUCACUUUCAGAGCCAGAGACGGGUUUCAGGAGGACCGUAUCUACAGGAACCUGGAGCCUGCUCUGGCCUUCCAGCUGGAGCUGAACCGCAUGCGUAACUUUGACCUGACGGCCGUGCCCUGUGCCAACAGCAAGAUGCACCAGUACCUGGGUGCCGCUCGCGUGCAGGAGGGCGCUGAGGUCACAGACUACCGCUACUUCAUCCGAGCCAUCAUGCGCCACUCUGACCUCAUCACAAAGGAAGCGUCAUUUGAGUACCUACAGAACGAGGGCGAGCGUCUUCUCCUGGAGGCCAUGGAUGAGCUGGAGGUGGCCUUCAGCAACACCAAAUGGCGCACCGACUGCAACCACAUCUUCCUCAACUUUGUCCCGACCGUCAUAAUGGACCCCUCCAAGAUUGAGGAGUCGGUGCGCUCCAUGGUGAUGCGUUACGGCAGUAGGCUGUGGAAGCUCCGGGUGCUCCAGGCCGAGCUCAAGAUCAACAUCCGGCUGACGCCCACUGGGACCGCCAUCCCCAUCCGUCUGUUCCUCACCAACGAGUCCGGCUACUACUUGGACAUCAGCUUGUAUAAGGAGGUCACAGACCCCUCAACGGGACAGAUCAUGUUCCAGUCGUACGGGGACAAGCAAGGCCCUCUGCACGGCAUGCUCAUCAACCAUCCCUAUGUCACCAAGGACCUGCUGCAGUCCAAACGCUUCCAGGCCCAGACUUUGGGCACCACCUACGUCUACGACUUCCCAGAGAUGUUCCGACAGGCCCUCUUUAAGCUUUGGGGUCCGGGGGACAGCUACCCUAAAGACGUGCUGAUGUGCACCGAGCUGGUGCUGGACCCGCAUGACCGACUGGUGCAGAUGAACCGCCUGCCUGGAGACAACGAGGUGGGAAUGGUAGCCUUCCGGAUGCGGAUGAAGACUCCAGAGUAUCCCGAGGGCCGCGACAUCAUCGUCAUCUGCAACGACAUCACCUACAUGAUUGGCUCGUUCGGGCCCCAGGAGGACCAGCUGUUCCUGCGGGCGUCGGAGAUGGCCCGGGCCGAGGGCAUUCCACGCAUCUACAUCUCAGCCAACAGCGGGGCGCGCAUCGGCCUGGCCGAGGAGAUACGACACAUGUUCCAGGUUGCCUGGACCGACCCCCAGGACCCUUACAAGGGUUUCAAGUACCUGUACCUGACGCCCCAGGACUACACCCGCAUCAGCUCCACCAACGCUGUCCACUGCCACCACGUGGAGGAGGGCGGAGAGUCCAGGUACAUCAUCACUGACAUCAUAGGGACCGAAGAUGGUCUUGGGGUGGAGAACCUGAGAGGAUCAGGCACCAUCGCCGGGGAGUCUUCCCAGGCCUAUGAAGAGAUCAUCACCAUCAGCAUGGUGACAUGCCGUGCCAUUGGGAUCGGGGCUUAUCUAGUGCGUCUGGGACAGAGGGUUAUCCAGGUGGAGAACUCCCACAUCAUCCUGACCGGGGCUGGGGCCCUCAACAAGGUUCUGGGUCGAGAAGUGUACACCUCCAACAACCAGCUGGGAGGCGUCCAGAUCAUGCACAACAACGGAGUGACGCACACUACUGUGCCCGAUGACUUUGAGGGCGUUUUCACUAUCCUGCGCUGGCUCUCCUAUAUGCCGAAGACCAAGCACUCUCCGGUGCCGGUGAUCCCACCCAAGGACCCAGUGGAGAGGGAGAUCGAGUUCACCCCCACCAAGGCUCCCUAUGACCCCCGCUGGCUACUGGCCGGGAGGCCCCACCCCACUGUAAAAGGAGCCUGGCAGAGUGGAUUUUGUGACCAUGGCUCGUUCAUGGAAGUGAUGGGGUCUUGGGCCCAGACAGUAGUGGUGGGCAGAGCCAGGUUAGGAGGGAUUCCCCUUGGCGUCAUCGCUGUGGAAACACGCACCGUUGAGGUGGCUAUCCCGGCCGAUCCAGCAAACUUGGAUUCUGAGGCCAGACUGGUGCAGCAGGCCGGCCAAGUGUGGUUUCCGGACUCUGCCUUCAAGACGGCCCAGGCCAUCCGUGACUUCAACCGUGAGCGGCUUCCUCUGAUGGUGUUCGCCAACUGGAGAGGCUUCUCCGGGGGAAUGAAGGACAUGUACGACCAGGUGCUGAAGUAUGGGGCCUAUAUCGUGGACGGCCUGCGUGAGUUCCGCCAGCCUGUGUUGAUCUACAUCCCGCCGCACGCUGAGCUGAGAGGGGGAUCCUGGGUGGUGAUCGAUCCCACCAUCAACCUUCUGUGCAUGGAGCUCUACGCAGACCGAGAGAGCAGGGGUGGUGUUCUAGAGGCAGAGGGCACUGUGGAGAUCAAGUAUCGCAGGAAGGACCUGUUGAAAACCAUGCGCCGGAUCGACUCGGUCUACGCCGGUCUGGCUGAACAGCUUGGUAAACAGCCUGGUACACCGGAGCUGACAGACAAACAGCGGAAGGACCUGGAAGCCAAGCUGAGGGCCAGAGAGGAGUUCCUGCUGCCCAUCUACCACCAAGUGGCAGUGCAGUUUGUGGACCUCCACGACACCCCUGGUAGAAUGCACGAGAAGGGUGCCAUCACGGACAUCCUGGACUGGAAGAAUGUGCGGAGCUUCUUCUACUGGCGUCUGCGGCGCCUCCUGCUGGAGGGCGUGGUGAAGUGCGAGGUCCUGCAGGCCAACCCAGAGCUGAGUGACGGACACAUCCAGUCCAUGUUGCGCCGCUGGUUUGUGGAGACAGAGGGCACGGUCCAGGCGUACCUUUGGGACAAUAACAAAGCGGUGGUGGAGUGGCUGGAGAAGCAUUUGGCCAAAGAGGACGGCACACGAUCCGCCAUCAGAGAGAACAUCAAGUACCUGAAGAGGGACCACGCCUUGAAACACAUCCGCAGCAUUGUGCAGGCCAACCCUGAGGUGACCAUGGACUGCAUCAUCCACAUGAGCCAGUCCAUCACUCCAUCCCAGAGGGCCAAGAUCUCCCACCUGCUGGCCACGAUGGACGGCACCGCGCCCAGUUAAACUCCAGAUCUGAGGUUGAGCUGCCCAAUGCCUUACACAGGAAAUCUCUGAAGUUCUAGCAUAGGGGAUAGAAUAGUUAAGUAGGUCUGUGGGAUGUGGACCCAGGGCAUGGGGACAGGGGGACACAUGCACUAUCUCCCCAUCGGUGCCGCCUACUUUCUAUUGUUGAGUUGAGACAAUAAAACUAAGGCGCCAAAGAAGCCAAAACGUGUCUAAUUCUCAGGGUUGGGGCGAGUUCGGGCUGCUCAUACGCUAUAACCAUGCAGCACUAUACACUACACAUGCAGAAGAUCAAGGGUCCCUGCUUUGGGUAGAUUUAGUUUUCUUUCCGCGGCUGGUCGGGGGGCCGGAACAUAGUUAUAAAUCAUUUGUACACUGCAAAUUGACCGCAAGAAUCCAAAACAUAUAUAGUAUUUGACAAAAAACGGUAUAAUUUUAAACCUUGAUUUCAUUGGGAUACGAUCACUUAUGCCUCUCUAUUUAUGCGUGGGAAUACUUGGGAACAGAUUCCCUAAAUUUAAAUACCUUUUAGCUGAUUUCCUAGCGAUUUUAGUCUUAUGUUCAACAAAUGAAAAAUAUUUUUUUAAAUCUUCAGCUUGGGGUGCCAAAUAAAAUCGCCCGGGGGUUUCGGUAAGUAUUCAGACCCCUUCACUUUUUCCACAUGUUGUUACGUUACAGCCUUGUUCUAAGAUGGAUUCAUUUGUUUUUCCCCCUCAUCAAUCUGCACACACUACCCCAUAAUGACAAAGCAAAAACAGAUUUGGGGAUUUUUUUCUGAAUAUAUACAAAAAUAAACGCUACAAGCUUGGCACAACUGUAUUUGGGGAGUUUCUCCCAUUCUUCUCUGCAGAUCCUCUCAAGCUCUGUCAGGUUGGAUGGGGAGCGUCGCUGCACAGCUAUUUUCAGGUCUCUCCAGAGAUGUUUGAUCGGGUUCAAGUCCGGGCUCUGGCUGGGCCACUCAAGGACAUCCAGAGACUUGUCCCGAAGCCACUCCUGCGUUGUCUUUGCUAUAUGCUGAGGGUCUUUGCCCUGUUGGAACCUUCACCCCAGUCUGAGAACCUGCUCAGAACUUCAUCAAGGAUCUCUCUGUACUUUGCUUCGUUCAUCUUUCCCUCGAUCCUGUCUAGUCUCCCAGUCCCUGCCACUGAAAAACAUCCUCACGGCAUGAUGCUGCCACCACCAUGCUUUACCGUAGGGAUGGUGCCAGGUUUCUUCCGGACGUCACAUUUGGCAUUCAGGCCAAAAUGUUCAAUCUUGGUUUCAUCCUUUAGGUGCCUUUCGGCAAACUCCAAGCAGGCUGUCAUUUGCCUUGUGCUGAGGAGUGGCUUCCGUCUGGCCACUCUACCAUAAAGGCCUGAUUGGUGGAGGGCUGCAGAGAUGGUGGUCCUUCUGGAAGGGAACUCUGGAGCUCUGUCAGUGACUCUUGGGUCACCUCCCUGACCAAGGCCUUUCUCCCCUGAUUGCUCAGUUUGGUCGGGCGGCCAGCUGUAGGAAGAGGCUUGGUGGUUCCAAACUUCUUCCGUUUAAGAAUGAUGGCCUCCGUGUUCUUGGAGACCUUCAAUGCUGCAGAAAUGUUUUGGUACCCUUUCCCAGAUCUGUGCUUCGACACAAUCCUGUCUCGGAGCUCAAGGGACAAUUCCUUUGACCUCAUGGUUUGGUUUUUGCUCUGACCUGCACUGUCAACUGUGGGACCUUUUAAAUAGACAGGUGUGCCUUUCCAAAUCAUGUCCAAUCAAUUGAAUUUACCACAGGUGGACUCCCAAGUUGUAGAAACAUCUCAAGCAUGAUCAAUGGAAACAGGAUGCACCUGAGCUCAAUGUUGGGUCUCAUAGCAAAGGAUCUGAAUACUUACGUAAAUAAGGUGUUUUUAUAUACAUUUUCAAAAAUGUCUAAAAACCUGUUUUCGCUUUUUCAUUAUGGGAUAUUGUGUGUAGAUUUAUUUAAUACAUAUUAGAAUAAGACUAACGUAACAAAAUGUGGAAAAAGUCAAGGGUUCUGAAUACUUUCUGAAUGUGCUGUACAUGGCAACAUUGUUGUGGUAUUGUAGCUUUAGCGGUUCAAGAGCAGUGGUGGAUCCAAAUAAUUCCAAAUCAAGCAUAUGGAGCUUUUAUGCACAUUUAAAAGUAUAAAAGUUAUCAAAAAGCUGUAAACAAGCAACCUAUUCCAGACUGGUCUACACAUUUUUAAGUUUGAAAGGUGUUUCCAGCUUUAACGGUACAAGACUAGUUAUAGGCUACAUUUUUACCAUUCUAGUCUAUGGCCAUUGAAAUGCAUUGGGAAAGGGCUGUUUUUUGUGUUGGUAGCUUUUACGGUUUUGGCACUACAGGUUCCAGUGGAAUAAUAAUAAUUGAAAACAUUUUAAGAGUAAACCAUUUUAAUAUUUUCAUUAAUCACACCUAGUUAUCAAACGUACAACCCCCCCCCCGCCCACCUGACACGACAGGCAGGUUAAAGUAAAUGGUCGAAGUAUUUGAACUCAGGUCUGGUUUCAUGUAGUUUUAACAUUGCUAUGAUCAGAGGGAACCACCACUACUCUUUAGCAUUUCUGAUUCACUUCAUCAAUAGGAUUUGAAAACAUGAAUUGAAUGGAUUGGACCAUGUGCCUUUUUAUCAGUAUUUUAUCAAGCUUCUCAUUGCUAAUGCUGUACACUGGCAUUUUACAACGGGGGUGAGGAGGGUUUUUGCUCUGGUGUGUUGAUCAUUCUGUUCAUAUCUGGGAGAAUGUGUGCCGACCUUUGAAUGUACGCCAGCCAGGGGCCGAACAAAGCCCUCGUUUGUGUACCAUGUAAAAUACCUUAUUUUUUUAUGUGCCAGUGCAAAGACAAUACACAAGCCUGUCUGGGGGUUGGGUGAUGUGUAGCCUUUACUUCAGUAUGUUCCUAGGCCGUCAUUGAAAAUAAGAAUUUAUUCUUAACUGACUUGCUAGUUGAAAUAAAGAUUAAAAUAUUGACCCCAAAAAAAUACUAAUUUCAGUGACAUUAAAUUACAUUUCAUUAAAUAAAAUUUUUAUUCAUUUCAUUUACAGAAUCAUUUCAGUGACAAUGGUCUAGUAGGAAAAUUUCAUUUUUUUCCCCCUCAUUAAUUUAAUCCAAAAAUGGGAUAUGCCAGUAUUUUUUUAGUUUUUAUUAACCAGUGUUUGUGUGCUCUUGAAUUUCUUUCUUUGUAUUAUUGUUUUUUUUGACUGAAUAACAAAUACACCUGAGUCAUUUCAUUUUUAUUUUUUUGUUGUCAGUGAUGGUGUAUGCUGGAGUCUGAGUGAAUAAUCUUAUAUAAAUGCAGGUGGAUAAAUUCACACCCAUAGUAUUUGUAUAGUAAUAAUUUGGAACAAAUUGACAUUGAUAUGACUGUCUGUGAUAUGUGUCUUCAUUGUUUUUAAUAUAAUGCUGAUUGUUGCUUAAACGCAGGUGAACAGGGGCAGAGAAGGGUAUAAUGGGUCCCCAAGCCGUUCUGCUGCUGUUGCCUUCAUCAAAAUACCAGAUAUCCAUUUGAAAUGGUCAAUAAUAUAUGUAAAAUAUCUGCCAUGUACUUACCCCUUAUUAGAGUAAUGUAUAGUAUCUGUAAAUAAAUGGAAUGAAUCUGUUUUCAGCAAGUAA